UUCGGACGUCCAUGCCUGGGCUGCAGGAUCCCGCUCCGCAGCCUGCGGCCUCCCAGCCGUAGCCAUGGCCGCUGUGGCUGUCCUCCGGAACGACUCGCUGCAGGCCUUCCUCCAGGACCGCACCCCCAGCGCCUCCCCGGACCUGGGCAAGCACUCGCCCCUGGCGCUGCUGGCCGCCACCUGUAGCCGGAUCGGUCAGCCCGGCGCGGCGACGACGGUGGCACCGGACUUUCUGCAGGUACCCUACGACCCGGCGCUGGGCUCGCCCUCCAGGCUUUUCCACCCGUGGACCGCCGACAUGCCCGCACACUCGCCGGGCGCGCUGCCGCCCCCGCACCCCAGCCUGGGGCUGACGCCGCAGAAGACGCACCUGCAGCCGUCCUUCGGGACGGCGCACGAACUGCCGCUCACACCCCCCGCCGACCCCUCGUACCCCUACGAGUUCUCGCCGGUCAAGAUGCUGCCCUCGACCAUGGCCGCCCUGCCCGCCAGCUGCGCGCCCGCCUACGUGCCCUACGCCGCCGCGCAGGCCGCGCUGCCGCCGGGCUACUCCAACCUGCUGCCCCCGCCGCCCCCUCCGCCUCCGCCGCCCACCUGCCGCCAGCUGUCCCCAACCCCGGCCCCCGACGACCUCCCGUGGUGGAGCAUCCCGCAGUCGGGACCCUCGGGGCCCGGGGGUUCCGGGGUGGCGGGGAGCAGUCUCUCCAGCGCCUGUGCCGGAGGUCCCCACGCGGCCCGCUUCCCCGCCGCCGCAGCCGCGGCCGCCGCCGCCGCUGCCGCCCUGCAGAGGGGCCUGGUGCUGGGACCGUCGGACUUCGCGCAGUACCAGAGCCAGAUCGCCGCGCUGCUGCACACCAAGGCCCCCCUGGCGGCCACGGCCAGGAGGUGCCGCCGCUGCCGCUGUCCCAACUGCCAGGUUGCGGGCGGCGCCCCCGAGGCGGAGCCCGGCAAAAAGAAGCAACACGUGUGCCACGUGCCGGGCUGCGGCAAGGUGUACGGCAAGACGUCGCACCUGAAGGCGCACCUGCGCUGGCACACGGGCGAGCGGCCCUUCGUGUGCAACUGGCUCUUCUGCGGCAAGAGUUUCACGCGCUCCGACGAGCUGCAGCGGCACCUGCGGACUCACACGGGCGAGAAGCGCUUCGCGUGCCCCGAGUGCGGCAAGCGCUUCAUGCGCAGCGACCACCUCGCCAAGCACGUCAAGACGCACCAGAAUAAGAAGCUCAAAGUCGCCGAGGCCGGGGUUAAGCGGGAAAACCUACGGGACCUAUGAGCGAGCCCGCCUUCUCACUCCCGGGCCGAAGAAAGACCCUCCUUCCAAGUCCCUCUGCUGGAGGGUCCUGGGGCUUGUCAGCCCUGGACAGCUGAUGGAGCUGACUUAAGAGGACAAACUUUUCCCACUGUUUGCCUCCCAGAGUGAAGCCAGAGUGCCUGGCCCUAGGACAAGAGGGGAGGCCGGCCGAGGAGCUGGGUCAUGGUCUAGAACCUCGAAGUCCCUGUCUCCCCCCCCAGGACGGUUCCUAAGUCCAAGCCGUCGCCACGGUCUGGAAGAACUGUAGUUUGGGAAUUCCACCCUGGCCUGGCCUUGCUUAUGAUAGACUGCUGAAGGAAAGUGAAAAGACCUUGGGAACUUUAAAACACGGCUUGAGAGUUUUCCGCUAGGCCCGGUUCGGGCUCUGUACAGGUUAUUUAAUAAUAGCUUUGUUAAAGAAUAAUUAUAACAUGAAUAAAUGUUUCUUUUGUCCUCAGCACCACGCAGAGCUAUAGCAUGAUAUGUCUCUGUAACGCGAUCAGCAGUUGCCUCCCGCAAAUAAAUACCUUAACUUUAGGGUCACCCCCUGGGAAGACCCUGCAGA